UUUGCAAGCUAAACAAUCUCCAUUUUGUGAGAGUCUUUCAGCUGACUAAAACGUCGUCCCAGUGAAAAGGAAGAUUUAAAGAAAGAAAAACAAAUUAAGCAGACCAGUCUAUCGCUAACCAGUUAUUAUCCGAAAGGAAAGGAAAUCUUAUCGUAUGUCCGCUAUCCAGAACCUCCAAACUUUCGACCCAUUUGCUGAUGCAACUAAGGGUAAUGACAGGCUCCCAUCUGGGACUGACGACUACAUCCACAUAAGAAUCCAGCAGCGUAACGGCAGGAAGACUCUGACCACGGUCCAGGGCAUAGCCACCGACUAUGAUAAGAAGAAGCUAGUCAAGGCCUUUAAGAAGAAAUUUGCCUGCAAUGGUACAGUGAUUGAGCACCCAGAGUAUGGGGAAGUGAUUCAGCUGCAAGGUGACCAGCGCAAGAAUAUCUGCACAUUUCUGAUUGAGAUUGGCCUGGCGAAAGAGGAGCAGCUCAAGGUCCACGGAUUCUAGAAGCUCUCAGCAGCCCCCUCUCCCCUGGUUGUGAUACUUCUCUCCCCCGUGCUGCAAUCACCGCAUCCCCCUUUAAGAUAAUGAAUACCUCUGAAUUGAGACUUUUUACUACCAGUUUAACUCUCCCCUCAUACGGGAGCAGUCCAGUGCAAACAUGGACAAACGGCUUGACAGAUGUGGGAUGAGUGGUGAUUUAGUUUUUUUCCUUACAUUUUUUAGUUUGCUGUGUGACGGCACAAUUCCAUGUAACUCUUUUUGUUUUGUACAAGUUUCAAUAAAAUGAUCAACCGCCACCUCA